AUGGCCAAGGACGUGGGCGCCUCACUGAGAGGGAUCGAGGCGGAAGUAAAUCUAAAAGGGGUUGAAAUAUCGAGUCCUUUUAAAACCACGCCGGACGCUCCUGAUCAAGAUAAUCUACAAAAGGAACAAGAGGCUGCCAAGUCCAUCAUUUCCUCAGCUGAAACCAGCACCAAUCGUCAAACCAAGGAGGUACCCACCUCUGCUGUUUUAAAAACUUCCGAAUCUCCACCCAAACAGGCGUCUGAGAACGAACUAGUGAAAACUGUGACUGCUGGCUCUGUACGUCUCCUCUCGUCCACCGUGUUAAAAGCUGCGCCAUUCGAGAUAAGAAGUUUGCUCACCACAAAAAACAGGACAUCCACCGGUCCCGACCAAGUGUCGAGACUUCAUCGCACAUGCAAGCCAAAUAAGCACGUGAUGUUUCUGAAAACACACAAGACGGGCUCAACCACGGUCUCCAAUACUAUUUUGAGGUUUGCUUAUGCAAAUGAUCUUCAUGUUGCUCUCCCCGCCAUUGAUGACACAAACUUGGAUUCGUGUGAUGGCGACCAAAACGUCAUACAGAUAAUGCAACAAGAACAUCACGCGCCCAUACCCGGAUGUUUUCUGUGGGAUCAGCAUGACAACAGGGUGAAGUAUGACGUCAUCGCGCACCACUGGAGGUAUGAUAGGAAAAUUGCACGUGCGUCUAUGCCAGAUGACGCUUUUUAUGUAACUAUUAUACGAGAACCAUUUUCGAGGUUCAAAUCCCAUUUUAGUUACAGUAACUUUGCCAGAAAACUGAACAUCCAAACAAGUUCUGACCCCAUGUUGUUGUUCUUACGAAGUGUGUUAAAUGAGAAGAGUGCUCCACGGAGUAUAGAUAAAGCUUAUCUACGCAGUAUCAGAUAUAUACUUAGAAACAAUAUGAUGCGAGAUCUAGGAUUUAAGCUGCACGCAGAAGACGACAUUGCAUCUGGGAUAGACUACAUCAAAACACUUGACUCUGAUUUUAACUUGGUUUUGCUUACCGAGGAGAUAAACGCCGGCAUGGUCCUGUUGCGUCGGCGACUGUGCUGGGAUUUAAAGGAUAUAAUAUAUUUAAAAAUGAACGCCCAAACGACUUACAAAUCCCCAAUCCGUGAAAAAACCCUGGACGAUCUUGCUAAGCUCCAUGCAAAUUGGGGUACCCUAGAUUAUCAGCUCUAUCAGCACUUUCGUGCUAAGUUUGAAGCAGAGAAGAAAAGACAAGACAAAGAUUUUUGGGCCGAACUUGCGUACUAUGAAAAACUCUUACUACAAAUUAGAGAUUAUUGUAAUGAAGAACUAAAUGGGACCGACAGCACUGAUUUCUUGGCCCGUCCUAAUAAUGUUUUCCUGGUCCGUCCUAAUAAUUGGACAAGUGGUUUCAAUUUGACUGCGAAAGAUUGCGCAAGCAUGCGGUUAUUUUCGUAUCAUUUUUCAGUGCUGCUUAAAGAACGAUAUUACAACAAGGUUGCACGUUUGGGGACGGGCAUCUUCAGAAUUUAUAAUGCAAUUACUAAGAAAUUAGACCAAGCACUAAAUAACGAUGAUUACUAA